CAGACUGCUCAUUCGGGAUCCGCCCAGGCCGGAGCCAGACCAUGUAGAUCUACGGCUUUACCACUACUAGUACUACCAGUAUCUAGUACCAGCCAGCGAAGUGCAACCCGAUGCGAUUUUUUACUUUCUCACGACUGAGAACUCAGAGAAGUUCUCAACAAGCCAAGUCCUCGUAACUGUUACUUGUGACCGUUUUGCAGCACAGGAUUUGUGAGGAUAGCCAAAAUUUUCCUGUUGUAGGCACCACUACAAGCCGUGCAGGACACUGCCUAGAGCUAGUAGAGGGACUACAACUUUACUUACUGGCAGCUUUCAAAACAAGCAGCCAGCUGUACGCGGUCCACAACUAUUAGUAUUACUUGACCUGGUUGACUUUUGAGCCAGAAAAAUCGGACUUGUUUGCAGCUAGUGCUGUUUCUAGCGCGCACGCUACCCGCCACACAAGCUCUCCUGUUGGGAUUGCGAUAUCACAUUCCCCUCCGCAGUCACCGUUCAGUACUCGGGAUACAGGAUUCUAAAUCAGUGAGUACUCAGCAGCUGUAGUGUCAUUGAACCACUGGGAGACAGCAGGCAGGACAAACACGCCGGAUCAGUGAAGAACAGAAAUGGCACGCACGAAGCAAACUGCGCGGAAGUCGACCGGCGGAAAGGCGCCCCGGCGCCUUCAGCAGGCGUCAAGCGCGGCGCAGUUCCGCUCGUUCAUGACCGGCCGACAGAAGGUGGAUCACGGAUCGGCAGGCGGUAAAGGACUAGCGAAAGGCGGCGGUGUUCGGCGGCGUGGGGGCCCCGGAAGAGGACUUGGACCAGGUGGCGCUGUUCGUAGACUACCCGGCUCACCUGCUAGUUAUAGCUCGGCAGCUGGCAGUGGUGCAGGUGGUGGAGCAGUGACAUCUUACUUAAACUAUGAGAACAUGUUCUACUCGUACGCCUUUCCCACCGGCAAGAGGCCGCCCGUUGCCUUUGAGCCGCGAUUCGUUGCCGGCCAGCUGUGCAACCCGGUCACCACCAAGGCGGAGCACUGGCUGGGCAUGAAUCUCAACUCCAUGUUCGAUGGCAAAGGAAUGGAGAAGCACGGUCGGCCUGACGUCAACCUUGUCAUUGUUCUAGACAUCAGCGGCUCUAUGAGCACUGCGAUGAGCAAUGAGUCAGGACUUUCAAUGUUUAACCAGCAGGCUGGUAAUAGCAAGAUGGCCGCGGCCAAGAAGUGUCUGCACAGCAUUGUUGCCCAGCUCAGGAAAGGUGACUCGUUUGGCCUGGUCCUGUUCAACCAUGAUGCCACCGUCAAGUACAAGCUUCAGCCAAUCGGCAAGAUCCCCAAGCAAGGCCUCAAGACGGCGAUCGACAACUUGGUGGCGGGUGGCAUGACCAACUUGAGCAAGGCUGCCAGGACCGCAGUGAAGCUAUUUGACAACGCCCCGGAGUCGGCCAAGUCCACGAACCGCCUGCUGUUCCUGACCGAUCUCAACAGCACGGUGGACAGUGCCCAUGAUGAAGUGGAGCUGCUGGACAUCCUCAGGACGGAGGCUGCUCGCAAUGUCUUCACGUCUAUCGUGGGAAUCGGCAUGGACUUGAAUGUGCGCCUGGUGGAGCAGAUCAGCUCAACGAGAGGUGCUCGCUACUUGAGUGUUGACUCCACUGACGAGUUCCAACGGCUCAUGGAGAAGGAGUUCUCCUACGAUAUCACUGUCAUCGCUUUCAACAUCAAGGUGUCAAUCACGUCCAAAGAUGUCGUCUGGGUCAAAGGUUACGGCUCACCCGAGAUCAAUGACAUCAAGAAGAACAAGCCAGCCACCCUGUCAUCUGAGUUUCCAUGCUGGCAGGACGAGAAGGAUCAAUCCAAGGGUGGAAUCAUGGCCUUCAAGUUGGAGCCUAGCAAGAGCAGCGGAAAAAUGCCAGACACAGUGAACGUAACAAUUCAGUGGGACGACACCAACGGCAUUACUCACACAAAGGACUUCAAAGUCACCAUCGGCGAAACGAAGAUCGACAAUGGGUUGCGCAAGGCGGUGGCCAUUAUCCACUAUGUUGACCUGGUCAAUGACUAUGUGAUGGACCAGCGCAAGCACAAGAUGAAGUUCCUGGAGCUAUUCCAAGGUUUCCGUCCACAGUUCCUAUCUGAGGUUGAGAAGAGUGGCGACGACACGCUGAAGACCACCAACCAGGGAGACCUGGAGCUCCUGGACAAGAUCAUUUCCCUGGAAACACCCGGGACACAAGGGGCAGGAGCAGCAGCAGACCAGCAAGAUGGUUGCACUCCAUUCUCACCCCUGCAAGGGAUCAAGCAGCGCGUCACCGGCUUCUUUUCCGGCGUCCAGUCGGCUUUUUCUCGCACUGCCCCGGCGGCAGCGAGUGCACCGGCCAAGGCGCGCGUAGCACCGGCAAGAAAGCCCGCCGCACCGGCGCCGGCACGUCGGUCAACCUCUGUGGCGGCUGCCGCCUCCACUCCGUCCGCGUCCAAACGCACCACCAAGAAGGCGGUGCGCUUUGACCAGUCGCAGCCUCGUACGCGCUCGACUCUGGUGACGACGACAAAGACGGCGGCGAUGGCAAGGCAGGCUGCUGGACAACGCCGUCGCCCAGCCGCUAAGCCUAAGCCUGGCGUGUCGUCGUACGCCAGCGUUGCUGCCAAAGCUAAGGCUCCACGAGCGGGUGCAGGCACAGCACUGAAGAAACCCGCUGCAACCAAAGCCGUCUCGGCUCGUGGCAAGGCCACUACUACGAAGCAAGCUGUGGGUACUAGGCGGCAAAGCACACGCGGCAAAGCAGCGCCGGUGUCGCCGCCCAAGCAGUCACCUCCCAAGCAGCCGGCAAGCCGAAAACGGCCAGCCGCCACGCAACUGCAGCAGCCUGCCUCGCGCAAACGUGCCAGGAAAGCGUGAGGCCAGAACGUAAGGCGUCACUGGCUAGGAAUUCAAGAUUGGCACUGCUGGAAGAGAAUGCGGAGGUCUUGGUGAAGCUGAUGCCACAGCUGCCUAGGCUCUACCAAUAGUGACGUGUAUCUGCAGAAAAGGCUAAUGACGAUGUGUUUUGCUGGACAUCACAUCUUUGUUGUUAUUAAUUUUGUUGACAAACCUUUCAAAAUAUGGAUGAAAUAUUAUGGAUGUAUUCUAUUUCUAGCAACUAACAAAAAGUUACAUUCUAGCUACAACUACUUUGUAGCAACUACCUAUAUGAUUGUCUCGUUAGUUACAUUAAAUGAAGUAUGCCUUUUAUAGCUAUCAUUGUCCAUGUAUUUUGAAGUGUAUUGGGAAAUAAAACAAUGAACGUCUGUCCCGAAGGACAUAA